CGUGCGGUGCCCGCCGCCCCGGGCUGUGGCCUUGGUGGGUUGGGUGGGGGUGAGUGAGUAGAUCGGGUUGUGGGCAGUGGAGCAGUGGGCAGCCCACGGGGCGGACUCGAGUGGGGCCGUGCAGGGAGUUCCCUGGGCAUCACCGCAUCCCGGGCAUCACCGGUUCCCAUGCAGCCUCCAGCACUCGCCCAGCCCUGUCCUGAGCCCCCGCCGCACCGGGGAACACAGCCCCCCCUCGCAGACCUGGCACCCACAGACGUGGCCCAGGCGCCCACGGUGGCAGCGGGAGGGGUUUUGGACUGGUGCCCACCAGCCCUCCUGCAGCAGAUGUGGCGGCGGUUUGUAAUCAAGCCACAGAUUAAGGCCUGCGGGUUUUGGGAUCGCCCGUCUCUCCAGCGGCGCAGGAGACGGGAUUUAGCCUCUGUCUGUUCCCAAGACAUCCCCACGGAGGGGACGGGGGGGCUGGCAGCUGUGUGGCCUACAUACCCUGCCUACCCCACAGCCCCACAGUGCCCUGUGUCCCCCCAGCUCUGUGAGAUGUCCCCCUCUCCCAGGAGCCCCAUGCAGCACCCUAAGCCCAUCCCUGAGGAACAGGGAUGCGCUGGGGACCGCUGGGUCCGAGCAGGCUCGGUGUGCUGGGCAGGGGCUGUGCUGGGUCCGAGCAGGCUCGGUGUGCUGGGCAGGGGCUGCGCUCGGUGCGAGCAGCUCGUGGGCAUUGUCCCCCGGGCCUGGCAGUGUGACUGUCACCUGCGGGCAGCACGUGCCGGCGCCGCUUCCUGCGCAGGCAAAGCUGAGGCUGGGGCCAGUGGGCGAAAGAGGGAACAGAAAAGCCCAGGUGCAGUGGGGCCACGGUGGCAACCAGGAGUUCUGCUACCAGGGGACACAGCACCUGCCCUCCCAUCUCCCGGACCCUCGCAGCACCUGCGAGUUUGUCCCCAGGAGAGGCACAGCCCCAGAGGUGCUGAUUGCUCUGGCCACAGCCCCAUGUCCGACACUGUCCUGGAUCAGGUCUGUGACAUCCCAGGGGGACAUGCAGGGUCCCCACCUCUGCCCAGCUGCUCUCCAGCCAGGGUGCAGCAGCUCCCGGGUCCCACUGCACCACAGGCACCGGCUGGAGGCAACAGGAGGGCCGAGCGGGGAUAAGCCACGGCAAAGACGGCUGUAGCGGGGAGAAAGGGAGAUUGAGGGAUUAACACGGCAAACAGCUGAAAGCCCGUUAAAGCCAGGGAUCAAUUUGCUCUCCCCCUGGGGAGAGGAAAGCGGAGCCUCUGCCCCACGGGAAUUAAUCUGUCCCUUAAUGAGGAGUUGGGAAUUUUGUUGUCAAGAACCAGCAACAUGCCUGCCCAGCACCGCGGGGGCGCCAGGGGAACAGGGGUAUGGGGGUGCAGGGGUGUGGGGGUGCGGCGGUGCUGGGCAGGGCUGGAACCCCUGGUGAGGAGGUGCCCUGCACCAGCAGCUGCCCCAGUUCCUGGAACUGCCACAUUUCCCAUCAGAACGAGCUGAUCCUGGACUGGACACAGCUCAGUUGCUCCCACCAGACCAGUGUCCUGCUCAGCGUCAGCCCACAGCACCCCACACUCUUGUCCUUGGCUGUGCUCCCUUCAGAUUCCCCUCCAGCCCCACAGAGGCACCUCUUGCCAUGGGGCAGGAGCUGCAAACGGCUCCAGGGAGGGCUGGGGUCUCCUGAAUGCACUGCUUGCCCUUGGCCAGGCCCUGCUCCCCAGAGACGGGGCUCCCCAAGUUGUCCCCCAGCCCCACGUGAUGGGUUGAGCAGAGCUGCUAUUCCUGUCCCCAGCACACAGAUGCUAGCCACAAAAUAAUAGCUGCAGGAUGGGCUCCAGAGCAGCGUCGCAUCUGCCUCCUCGCCUUCCUCCCCUGGGGCUGGGUUUGUGCUCUGCACCGCUCUUGGUAUCGGGAGUGGCACGUGGUCAAACCACAGGUUUGCAGAGCACUGAGACACUGUGAGCUCCAGACCCACCGGGCCAGGGAAAAGUCCUGCUGUGCGAUGCAGGAGCAGGCAACCCUCAGCCCCACUGCAACGGAGCCGACCGCCACCACCGACUUCUACCCCGGGUGGGACGUGUCCUUGUUGGGGGACGGCAAGCUGCCCGAGCUCUGCGAGAAGCAGGCGGUGCAGGGCUUCGCCCGCACCUACCAGCCGGCUGUCUACCUGCUGCUCUCGCUGCUGGGCAUAGCGGGGAACGGGCUGGUGCUGGUCACGCACACCCGCUACCGCCGGGCACACAGCAUCACCGACGUCUGCCUGCUGCACCUCGCCCUGUCCGACCUCCUGCUGCUCCUCACGCUGCCCUUCGCCGUCACCGACACGCUGCAGGGCUGGUCCCCCGGCACGGCUGCCUGCAAGGUGCUGCAGGGCCUCUACGCCCUCAACUUCUACAGUGGCUUCCUCUUCCUCACCUGCAUCAGCGUGGACCGCUACGUGGCCAUCGUGCAGGUGCCGGCUGCUUGCCGCUUGCGCCCACGGGCUCGCCGCCACGGCUGGCUGACGGUAGGGCUGGUCUGGCUGCUGGCCACGCUGCUGGCGCUACCGCAGUUCAUCUACGGUGAAGCAGAGCAGCACCAGGAUCUCCAGCUCUGCCGCGUUGUCUUCCCCCGGGCGGUUUCACGAGCAGCACGGGGGGCCACCAACCUGGUGCAGGUGGUGCUGGGCUUCGCGGUGCCCUUCCUGGUCAUGGCAAGCUGCUACGCAGCUGUGGCCCGGACACUGCUGGCCACCCGCGGUGCCCAGCCCCAUCGGGCACUGCGGGUGCUGCUGGCCCUCGUGCUAGUGUUUGUGGCCCUGCAGUUGCCCCACAGCCUGAUGGUGCUGCUGGACGCGGCCGAGCUGCUGGCCAGCUGGGAGGUGAGCUGUGCCCAGAGCCGCCGCAAGGACCUGGCCCUGCUAGUCACAGGCGGGCUGGCCUACCUGCGCUGCUGCCUCAACCCGCUGCUCUACGCCUUCCUGGGCCAACGUUUCCGCCGGGAGCUGUGCCUGCUGGCCAGCGAUGCCGGCUGUGUGGGACCCCUCGACUCGCGCUGCCCCAGCUGCCCCAGUCCCCGCCGGAGGACGUCGCUCUCCACCUGCCAGGAUGUGGUGUAGGGACACAGCACCCAGGGGCUCAGCCCCUCCGUGGCUUCUCGUUGGUGCAUGGAUGUGCUCCGGGUACCCGCAGAGCAUCCUGGCAAGGGCAGCACCAGACAACACACACGGUGCCCACACACAUGUGGGCAGAAGGAGGAGCAGCCCCACAGCACCCGUGGGACCUGCAAGCGCCUCUACGGCCCAGCGCGCCGCCGGGCCGGGGGGGACCCUGCGAUGACACACGUAUUGGGGGGCCAUGCCGUGCGGGGGGGCUGGAGGCGGUGGGUGCACACAGCUGGGUCCCUCCCUCGCAAUAAACCCCGG